CCGCGUCCAGCGGCCGUUGCCAUGGUGACCGCAGCCAGGCCGCCCGGGCCCCGCCCCCGCGCCACCGCCCGGCGGACCUGGCCGCGCCCCACCGCCGGGGAGCCGCAGUCCGAGCCUCCGCGCGCUGCGGGCCGGCCCAGGAGGGGCUGCGUCGACGCGCGGACCCCGGAGCCGCCCUGGAGCAUGUGGAAGCUGAGCCGGAGCCGGGUGCUCCUCGACGAGCCCCCCGAGGAGGAGGACGGCCUGCCAGGGGGGCCGCCGCCGUCCGCUGCGGCCGCUGCCGCGCAGGUUCAGGGAGCAAGUUUCCGAGGUUGGAAAGAAGUAACUUCUCUGUUUAAUAAAGACGAUGAACAGCACCUGCUGGAAAGAUGUAAAUCCCCCAAGUCCAAAGGAAGCAACUUACGGUUAAGAGAAGAGUUGAAGACAGAGAAGAAGUCUGGAUUUUGGGACAAUUUGGUUUUAAAACAGACUAGUCAGUCUAAGAAACCAGAUGAGAUUGAAGGUUGGGAGCCUCCAACACUUGCUCUUGAAGAUGUGACGGCUGACGCAGGUGACACGGCGAGUGGCUGUCCCCCUCGGCCAGGCUGGGAGGAGGACGGCAAGGGCUGCAGCAAGUACAGCAGCCUGGCGAGCUCAGGGAACAGCUCCCGCUGGAGCCUCCGGUCGGCCGGGAAGCUGGUUGGCAUCAGACGGCAGAGCAGAGGCCACCUGACGGACAACUGGGAGGAGCUGGAGUGACCAUCCGGCCCCACUGCGGACCAGAGAGGUGCACACACCUGAGCGUUCCCAAACCCCAACUCCUAAUGAGACCCCUGUGUCUUCUCUCUCUCUGUGCAGGUCUGAGAGUUUGCUGUCUCAUGCUGUGUUUGUUUGUAUGUCCGCGGGUCCUCUGGUCUUUCCCGUGUGGACGAGAGCAGAGCACUUUCUCUGGCUGUCCGCGUCAGGACGUUCCUCCCCGCGGGCUGACGGAGGAGAGCCCCAGCAUGCUGGGAGACGUCUGCGCCCUCUAAUCCCAGCACUGCUGGACGUGGUCCCGUGAGCUGUGCCCUGCUGUCCUCCCCUGCGUGCCCUGUCCCCACCGUGCCCCCCGUGUCUUGCAUGUGGUAUCCAUGUGUGUCUUUGACACUCGACUGUAGCGGCAGGGCCGGGCCCUCCUGUUUUCAGAAGCCCGUGAUCCAGCUGUGAAACCAAUCUUCCAAAGGUUAUGUUAAGUUGUGUUCAACCUGGCAAAUUAAACUUUUUCUCAUCGUAAAUACCAGGAAAGCAAGGAUUACAUGUGAUGCAGCAUAAAAUGCCACUCUCCGCAAAGCAUCUUCGUCUCCUACGCUGGGAGGAGGAGUCUCCCAUGUGCACGGAGGACGGGGACAGUGGAUUUACUGUAGGGUCCAUCUUACUUGUCCUGAACUUCCACGCUUUGAUCUUUAUGUUCUUCUGAAAACGUGCUAUUCUGUGAUUGCAGGUUGAAGAGUACCAUCAAGUGUGGACCAGGUUUAGCAACUUGAUUCUCUGAAUUGUUUUUGGAAAACACUAAUUUGCUGAUGGAGUUAAAACUGUAUACAAUACUGCAAGUGCCUCUUUUCUAUAACGUGCAGGUGUUUGGUUUCCAAACUGAGCCAGUUGCCGUGGCUGCUGCCGGACGCCGAGGAAGGACGGGCUACGCGCUGGGCACGGGGCUCCUUCGCAGGAUGGCCAUGUCUGCCGGCGGCGCCCACGGCUGCCUGAGGCAAUGGUGGUUUGGAAAGAAAGGUUUAGGGUUUUUUUGGUUAAAAACAAAAACCUCCAGUGACACUGUGCAUACCUCUGGUGAGAAAACACAGUCCCCCAGCUGGCUCUGCGUGCACGUCCGUGCUGCGCAGUGAACUCACCUGGGGGAACCCGCACAGGCCCGGUGGCAGGACUCCUGAUGGUAACAGCGUCAGUCUGUCCUCCGUCCAUCUGUCCAUCUGUCCGUCCAUCUUUUUUUAAUAGAACAAGAAGCUUACUUGACUUUUUGAACGGGCGGCAAGUUUUAAGUGGCAUGAAAAUAAAAAUCCAGUUUGUUAGAACCUUGAAAUGGGGGGUGUGUCUGGUGAUGCAGAGGGAAGCUGGUGGUUUUUGGUGUAACAAGUCCUCAGGGAAAGGGUUCAGGAGGUAGCGGUGGCCCUGCGGCCCCUGCAGCUGCACCCACACUGGCUGUGACUUGGGUGCGUGUGUCAGAGCCAGAGCUGAAGGUGCCGUGUCUGAGGCGCUGGGUGGGGGCGGAGCAGAAUCAGGACCCUGAGACCCGCUGCAGGUCGCUGCACUUGAGUGGCGACGCUAAGUGCCUGUAACUCACCUCCGUGCAGAUCUGUGACGCAAGGCGGGCGACACUCGUUCAUGAUACUGUUUCUCAAAAUCUGAAGACAAAGCCAGAUCGCAAUUGGAAUACGCACUGUAGAUCACAUUUUUCUUAUCUGCAGAGAUUCAUGUAAAAAUAAACUUUUUCUUCUGUCCUGAUUAACUGAAAAUAAGUAUGUUUGCAGUUUUUAAUAUAUUUAUUGAUGUGCUUUGGGAGAAAAGUAUUUUUUCUUGAUAGAAUUUACCAAAGCAACUUUGUGUUCACGGGUUAAUGAGAGAAUGUGGUUUUUUGACGGGGUUUUUGUUUGCAUUCUGUGAACACACGACUUCACUGUGUAAAGAGCGAGUGGUCUGUGCUCCUACUGUGGCUUAUUUUGUAAAGGAAAGUGGCUUCUGAGAAGGUAAAACUCAUUCUCAGUGCUGGGGUUUUAAAAAAAUAAAAGUAUUGUUCAUUUC